AUCGAUGGUUUGGCACCUAUACGCUCAACGCGCCAAGAUCAAAUACAUAGCUCAAUCGUGUCGACGCUACUAGCGCUCAUGGAUGGAUUGGACGAUAGAGGCCAGGUAUGA